UCUCUCUAAUUUUUCUCUCUUCCUAAAAAACGAUAUAACAACAAUUGUACAAAUUGUCAUCAACCAUUACGAUUGAUUCAAUCCAUAGAUAGAACUAGUAUCAUCAUCAUGUUAUCCUUAACUUCCCGUGUUGGAUUAGCCAGAACUUCCUUACCAAUCAGAUCAUCCAUUCCACUUUUGAUCCGUGGUAUUAAAACCAUUCCUCAACCUCCCGGAUACAUUGUUGGUACUGUCAAUGAUGCUUAUGUUCCACCAAAGGCUCAUAAACUUGAAGGUUCAUACCAUUGGACUUCUGAAAGACUCGUUGCUCUUGGUUUAGCUCCAUUGACUUUAGCCCCAUUAUUAGGUGGUACUUCUACCUUGUUGGAUUCAACUUUAUCUGUCUUAGUAUUAUAUCAUAGUUAUACUGGAUUCCAAUCAUGUAUUAUCGAUUAUAUUCCAAAGAGAGUUUAUGGCUCAUUACAUAACUAUGCCAUGUACUUGUUAACUUUCGGUACUGGUGUUGCUGGAUAUGGUUUAUAUAAAAUUGAAACUUCUGAAGAAGGUGGUGUUUCCGGUAUAGUUAAGAAGAUUUAUACUGCCUAAGUGUAUAAUCUUUAACUUCAUUCAUUGCAUCUUCCUUUCACAUUCCUUUCCAUUAAUUUUUUAAUUCAUUUCAUACAAUACAGUUCAAUCCACCCCCUAACUCUCCAGAUAACAGUUUUAAUCAUAUGAUUUA